AUGCUUUCUUCAUCAUCAUCUUCCAAACCACCGACGCAGCAACUGCUACAGUCGGCGGAUCUCAUUUCCCAGGGCGCUGAAGCUGCAAUCUAUAAAGCAUAUCUGCAUCAAUUCUCGAGUUCAGGUCAUGGCGUUGAUCACGGUGCAGUUCUUAAAGCGUCGGAGCCGGUUCUCUUGAAGCACCGGUUCCACAAACACUACCGCCACCCGUCGCUCGAUGCAUCACUCACCCGGCAACGCAUAGCCGGCGAAGCCCGCGCAUUGAUGAGAUGCAUGCGAUCCGGCGUCGCCGUACCCGGGAUCCGGAUGGUGGAUGUGAACGAAGGUGUACUGGGCAUCGAGUGGAUAGAUGGCAAGAGUGUGCGUCAACUUCUACCCGGUGGCGCCGAACUUGAAGACAUCAGCGAACAUGAAGAGGUGGAUGAAAUCCAUGAAAAUGGCACUGCAGAUCCAAUCGCUGACUAUGGAGUCUCUCGAGAUGCCCUGAUGGAUAUGAUCGGUGUUGAGAUUGCAAAGAUGCACUUGGCCGACAUAAUUCAUGGUGAUCUGACGACCUCAAAUAUGAUGUUGAGGAAAAAAAAAAGUGAUGUGGUUCUUAUAGAUUUUGGACUUGCCUAUCAUUCUACUCUCGUAGAGGAUAAGGCUGUGGACCUUUAUGUCCUGGAACGUGCCUUUGCCUCAACUCAUCCCGAAUCGGAGCCACUGUUUGCGGGUGUGUUGAGCGCAUAUGAAAAACGCAUGUGCAAACAUUGGCUGCCAAUUAAAAAGAGAUUAGACGAUGUGCGACUAAGAGGGAGGAAACGGAGCAUGGUUGGUUAG